UCUUGUGCCGCCGUUGAUAUUUGCGCAUGCGCAGUAGCUGUUACUGCCACAUUACCGCCUGAGCCUGUGGUGGAGAGGCGCUCGUCCAGCGUCGUAUUCAGAACGAUCACUAACUCAUUGCAUGAUCAAAACGGCCCGUCGUGCAAUUCAUGAACAAAUCUUUAUCCAAAGCCAGUAGUGGAGUCACCUCACAAGCCAAGAACAGCUUUUAUCAACACCUCAGCAGCCGCCGACUAACAUCUUACAACUACUCAUCAGUGCUUCUCUUUUGGACUGUCGGGUUGACGUCGAACUUGCUUCUGUAAACCCAUUUUCUUCAACUUGGUCGUCAUGGCAACUGAGGAGAAGAAACCAGACACAGAGGCUACUAAAACACAGCCGGCAUCAUCUGCCUCCGCCAGCCAGAGCAAGUCAGCACCUGUGAAGCCAAACUAUACCUUAAAAUUCACAUUGGCUGGCCAUACAAAAGCAGUCUCUUCUGUCAAGUUCAGUCCAAGUGGGGAGUGGCUCGCGAGCUCAUCCGCUGACAAGCUGAUCAAAAUAUGGGGUGCAUAUGAUGGCAAGUUUGAAAAGACGAUAUCUGGACACAAACUGGGCAUCUCGGAUGUGGCCUGGUCCUCUGACUCAAACCUCCUGGUCUCAGCUUCCGAUGACAAGACACUGAAAAUUUGGGAUGUGAGCUCUGGGAAGUGUUUAAAGACACUGAAAGGUCACAGCAACUAUGUAUUUUGCUGUAACUUCAACCCCCAGUCCAACCUCAUCGUAUCUGGAUCUUUUGACGAGAGCGUGAGGAUUUGGGAUGUUAAAACGGGAAAAUGUCUGAAGACACUGCCAGCGCACUCAGACCCUGUCUCUGCGGUACAUUUCAACAGAGACGGCUCAUUGAUUGUUUCCAGCAGUUAUGAUGGACUUUGCCGUAUAUGGGACACAGCAUCGGGGCAGUGCCUUAAAACACUCAUCGAUGAUGACAACCCACCAGUCUCAUUUGUGAAGUUCUCCCCCAAUGGCAAAUACAUCCUGGCUGCGACUCUGGAUAACACUUUGAAGCUUUGGGACUACAGCAAAGGAAAGUGUUUGAAAACAUAUACCGGUCAUAAAAAUGAGAAGUACUGCAUAUUUGCUAAUUUCUCUGUUACUGGUGGAAAGUGGAUUGUCUCCGGCUCAGAGGACAACAUGGUGUAUAUUUGGAACCUUCAGACCAAGGAGAUCGUACAGAAACUACAGGGGCACACAGAUGUGGUGAUCUCAACCGCAUGUCACCCCACAGAAAACAUCAUCGCAUCAGCAGCACUAGAAAAUGACAAAACCAUCAAACUUUGGAAGAGCGACUGCUAAGCCUCAAGCUUAUUUUACUUAAUUAUUUUGUGAAUUUUUUUUUUUUUUUUUAAUUUUCUACUUUUCAUUUUGUUGGGGGGGGGGGUUGUCUUUCAUUUGAAAGGUCACACUUGAGCAUUCACACUGACAUCAAGGCUCAGCAAGGGACUGGCUAAAGUGCACUAGCCCAACAUACAGUAGCUUCUAAUAACAGCACAUCCCUCUCUCUGCUCAUGUGAACUAAAGCCGUCACUUUCUCUCUGCCUUUCCGCCAGCUCUCAUUCAUCAGUUUAAGCAUCCUGCAAAACUUUUAACCAGUCUGUAAAUUAGGCAGCUUUGUUUGAACUUCACAGACGUAUUAGGACAAAGAGAGUGUUCCUGUCUUUGUUUAGUUUUUUUUUCCUGUAAGUUUUGUAGAAUGACAUCUAUCUGUCUAUCUGUGGUUUGCACACUUCCUGAUGCCAGCAGAAUGCCUUGGGCACAUUUUAAGUGGCCAUUUUAACAAAUGUUUGGAGUAUUACAAUUUCUCUGCCUGUGUUUGUGGCAUUUAUAUGAGCAGUUUGCAGCUUCACUCCAUUAUUUGGCAGAAAAGAGGUUUCACAAACUUCUCAGAGUUUCACAAACGCCUCAAAGACUUACCAAUGUCAAAUCAAACCUCUGUGUAUGAAAUGUGUUUUCUGGCAGAAGGGUGUUUUGAACAUCCACUUCAUGUUUAUUUCUGUACAGUAAAAAAAAUGCAACUGUUGUAUCAGCAAUUAAAACAAUUCAUUGUGUUAGUUGCUAA